CGCGUGAGCAGGGGGUGGAGCUACAUUGUUGUGGAAGAUGUCAGUAACGGGGGCUGCAGUGUUCGACGUUGCGAGAACUGUAGUGUGGCGGUUCGGACGGGCGUCAUGCCGAGCGCUGCUCAUCGCUAAGCAGCCGGCCGCGCGGCCUCCGCAGGCUCCGGGACCCCGGGCUCCAGCUCGGCUUUGCAGCAGCUCCUCGGCCCGGGAGAAGGAGAAGGAGGCCGGGCUGGUACCGGAGGGCAGCGCUGUUCAGGACAGAGUCCUCCUCAGCGAAUCGUGUGUGAAGAGACUGCAGGAGAUCAUGGCCCAAGGGGAGUACCUGAGGAUACGCGUCGAGGGCGGCGGCUGCUCUGGUUUCCAGUACAAGUUUUCAGUGGACAGUGUGAGGAAUGAGGAGGACAGACUCUUUGAGCAGCAAGGUGUGGGUGUCAUUGUGGACGAGGACAGCCUGGAGUUCGUGAAGGGGUCCACGCUGGACUUCAGUGAGGAGUUGAUCCGCUCCUCCUUCCAAGUGCUCCGCAACCCGCAGGCCGAGCACGGCUGCUCCUGCGGCGCCUCUUUCUCACUCAAGCUGUGAGGACCCUGGGACGUCCCUCUUCUGUCACCAGCUGAAGUUCAUAAUGAUGUCUCUCUCCUAAUUUAGGACUCAGUUUGUGGAUGUAAAUUAUAUAUAUAUAUAAUGAUGUACACAU